CGAGCACAGCUCAUCCAGCGGCACUUCGCACAUUGCACCCGUGACUUUUGACUCGACACUCACACUUUGACUCACAUCCCCGUUUGACACUCACGACUCCAGUGACCAGAUCAGACCACCGUCGCUGACCUGGCCAACUCUCCGCACCGGAACUCUGAUCCGCGAAACCUGCCUCUCUGUCGACUGCCAGCUCCUCCUAAUCGCUUCCUCUUGGCAGCCUAGCGGAAGCGCGCGCAGACUAAUUUCAAGCAUCUCUCAACACACACCACGAUGGUAGUCCGAUUACGCUUAUCACGGCAAGGGCCAAAGAACAGCCCCUUCUACCACUUGGUGGCCAUCCGCGAUUCUGCUCGUCGCGAUGCUCGCCCCAUCGAGAAGCUAGGAGAGUACGAUCCGGUUCCCAAGGUGGUGGCUAAUCCAGCAACCGGCUCGCGCAGCAGCUUUUCUGAGAGAGCCAGCGGAACUCUGCAUCCAGCACAAGAUAGACGUACUGGUCUCUUCACCAGUGGUAUCGCUUCUGCUCGCAAUCCCAGAUUGGAGAAGAGAGUAGAGUGGAAUAGGCAGAGGAUCGCUUACUGGCUGCAAGUGGGCGCUCAACCUACCGACGUGGUAGCCAGGCUGCUGUACAGGGCCGGAGUGAUAGAUGAGCACGGAAGGGUGCAGCGGGACAGCCAACCCGAGGCAGGAGGGCAACGGAUCAGCGAGGCGGAAGCAUCUUCAAGUCAACAAGUCGAGCAGCUCGAAAUUGAAGCGCAGUCUGUUCGGGCAAGCAGCGCUCCCGAGGUGAGGGACAAGCUCCCAGCCAUCCUGCAACUCAUUGCCGAGUCGAAGCAGCGAGCUGCAGAGAGCGCAGAGGCGGCCAAACGCGGAGAGGCGAUGACGUCUUCGUCGCCAUCAGAGCUUCUUCCACCAUCUCAGCUCUCCUCGGAGGAGCUUGAGCAGCAGCCGCCACAUCUUUUCAGACCUGAUCAGAGGCUUCGCGACGCCGAGAGGAGACGUGAGGGCGAUGAGCAGCCGCAACGUCUCGGUCGCGCCCCGCUGAGACUUUCGCAACUCGGCGUGCUCAAGAGGAACAAGGGCAGGGGCACACCGCCCCAUCGACCUCAACUUCCACCGAAGAAAGCGAGGCCCGAAUUAGAGGCAAACGAGUCAAGCUAGCAUCAAUCAACCGCAAUGCAUAUGCUUCAGAGCGCGACAAAUGUGGCUGAUCGUUGAGCAGGAAGAGCCCUACUUUGAAAGUGCAUGUAUGCAUGCGCGGGUGUGCAAACGUGUCGCCUCAUACGUCUGGCAUGUUGUGAGGCGCUCACUUGCUGCCAACGCCGUCGCCAGUCUGGGGGCAAGCUAUACGCAUUGCAGAAGGGAUCAAUCACCUGCUAGGCGAGCAUUCGCGCCCAUGUCUGACACUCACCCUUGUCAGCAAGCUCGGCGGCCGUACCAGUCACGCCACCUUGAGCCUUGGCAUCGGGACCUGACUGAGCAGCUUGCUUGAUCUCUUGAGUAGCGGCCGCUUUCGUGUCU